ACCGCGCAGAGUCCAGCCCGCUGCCGAGCCAGCGCCGUCGGGGCUGAGCCGCCCGCCCCAGCCGGGCUCCGGCCGCUCCUCGCCCCGGGGCCGGCCCCUCCGCCGAGCCAGCAUUUCUCUUACAGGCACAGAAAAUGGGUAAUAGCUGAAGAUGACCUCACAGCAGGAAAGUGAGAUCAGAUUGGCAAUGCAUCAGUGAGUGGCAUGAUUGAAGACAAGACAAAAAGCAGGCUACAGCAAAAGGUGUGAACUUCAUAUUUUCUCCCUGAAGCGAGGUUACAGCUGAAGAGAUCAAGAUGAUUCCAAAUUACUCUACUGAAGAAACUGUUAAAAGAAUCCACGUCGACUGUCCCGUUUCAGGAAGACACAGUUACAUCUACAUUAUGGUUCCAACUGUUUACAGCAUCAUCUUUAUCAUAGGCAUAUUUGGGAACAGCCUGGUCGUUAUUGUCAUUUACUGCUACAUGAAAUUAAAAACAGUAGCCAGCAUCUUUCUGCUAAACCUGGCACUGGCCGACUUGUGUUUUUUAAUAACUCUGCCGCUCUGGGCAGCCUACACGGCCAUGGAGUACCAGUGGCCUUUUGGCAACUGUUUAUGUAAGUUAGCCUCAGCAGGGAUAAGUUUCAACCUGUACGCCAGCGUGUUCCUCCUCACAUGCCUUAGUAUUGACCGGUACCUGGCCAUAGUGCAUCCAGUGAAGUCCCGAAUUCGACGUACCAUGUUUGUUGCCAGAAUAACUUGCAUUGCUAUCUGGCUUCUUGCCGGAGUGGCCAGUUUGCCCGUCAUCAUUCACCGUAAUAUAUUCUUUGCUGAGAACUUGAACAUGACAGUCUGCGGUUUUCGGUAUGACAACAAUAACACAACUCUCCGGGUCGGAUUGGGUUUAUCCAAAAAUUUGCUGGGCUUUUUAAUCCCUUUUCUCAUCAUAUUAACAAGCUACACUUUAAUUUGGAAGACUCUGAAGAAGGCAUAUCAAAUUCAAAAAAAUAAGACUAGAAAUGAUGAUAUUUUUAAGAUGAUUGUGGCGAUAGUAUUUUUCUUCUUCUUUUCGUGGAUUCCUCAUCAAGUAUUCACUUUCCUGGAUGUAUUAAUUCAAUUACAUGUAAUAACAGACUGCAAAAUCACCGAUAUUGUGGAUACGGCUAUGCCAUUCACCAUUUGCAUUGCUUACUUUAACAACUGUUUGAAUCCUUUUUUUUAUGUUUUUUUUGGAAAAAACUUUAAAAAAUACUUCCUUCAGCUAAUAAAAUACAUUCCACCAAAUGUCAGCGCACAUCCAAGCCUAACAACGAAAAUGAGCUCCCUCUCAUAUCGGCCACCAGAAAAGUACACGCUUGCCCACUAAAAAGACUGCUGGGUCUUUUGACACCAAGCAAUGUGGUUUGCAAUAUGCUUUUUUUGAACAGCCUUGUGAAUGAAGCAGCAAGAAUGACAAAAUUCAUCUGCAGUCCUGAACAUCACAGCUUACUGCUCAUUACAGAAACAUGAGCUCACCUCAGAGAAAUCAUACUGUAAAGAUUUAGCAGUGGCCUUUUAUUUCACAUUGUGAAGAGGAGUGCUUGGUUUUCAUUUCAUUUUUCUUUACUGAAAGCAACAUAACUGGUGGACAGGCGUGUCAGCAUCCUGCCACUUACUCAGAACUACAAAAGAAGGGUACAGAAGACUCCUAAGUUCAGAGAUCUUUUUAAAGGAAAAGCUUGUAUAAAUUGCAUGAUUUACGAAGGAUCUACUUUGCACGUACACAAGCUAUUCCAAAUUUUGUUCAAGGAGCUGAUAGAGAUACUCUGCUUGUUUUGUUGUGUUUUUUUAAUGACAUGAAAGUCACAUCCUCAUAUUUAUAAUACAUUUUCAAAUAUAUGCUACAUAGAGAGACCCAAUUUUAAACUUAAAUGGAAAUUUCAGGUCCUUUAAAUUGGUCUCAUUCUGAUUUAUGCUACUAUUUUUCAUUUUUAAUAAUCACAAAUUUCUCAUAAUAAUAUAUGCAAUAAAACGCCAAUUUAUUUAUUAAAUAUAGAAGAAAUAUAUUUUUAGAUUUAUAUUCCUACUCAUAGAUUUCAAACAUUGCUUCAUAAAUAUACAUUUAUAUCCCAGUGGGUAUUUUUCUAGUAGUUUUAAAAAAAAAAAAGUAUAUACAUACACACACACAAAAAUUUCCUCAUAAUAUGCCAUCCUGACUUUGACUCCAUACUUUCUGUGACUAGAAGUAAAAUUCUGUAUUUGAAAACAUGAGUUUUGGGACAGAGGUGAUUAGAAAACUUCAAGUUAUUUUUGUAUAAUAACAAGUGCACUCAGAGAAAUUAUCAACUAAUCAAAUCCACUCAAUUUUUCAAAUUCCUGGAUAUUAAGUAAACUCACAUUCUGAUAAGCAAACAUGCUUGUAUUGCAGUUUAACUGGUAGUGCUUUUAGUCACAUCACAAGACAUCCAAGACCAAACUUUACUCCUGGCUUUUACAGAAUUACUCUCCAUUUAUACAAAACUAAGCCUGGAGUAUUUUCUCCCUGUAGAACUUUGUUUUAUGUGUAUGGAACAAAUUUAAAUUUAUACUAGCAUAAAUCAGAACAAAAGCCUGGCUUAAACUUUCCAUACAAAUGACAGGGGAAUGCUGAUAAGUAGUGUAGGAAAUUUCAACUAAUGAUACCUUCAUAUGUCUUUUUUACCUCAAAUAAUGAACUACAGAAAAUAUUUAUUCUUGAUUCACACUCAUUUAUUUUCUUCAAAGAUAAAUGAGUUCAUAAAUACUUUCUGACUUAGUAAAGGUUAAGAAAAAUUCCCAAACUUUACGUACAGCAUGUAGACAAUUACAUGACCCUGAAGAAUUUGCAAUAUUUAUAAUCUUCAAAAUUAUAUAUCUAAUGUGGCUUUGUCUCAGGUGGCAAGUCUGAUUGUCAGUCUCUUGCAUAUACACAAAUAUUUUAAAUUCUUUUUUACUUUAGGAAAUUAUUUUAAAUCAAACACAACAAAAAAGCUAUUUCUGUAGUUAACACUUUUAAGAAAAAAAUGGGACUACAACCCAAUCUGGGAAUCUGGUGCCUCUUCCUGCUCUUUUUAACUUAUUUUAAGGCAAGUUUCUUCAGUUUUGCCUUUGUUCUUCCAGCUGCAAAAUGGGAACAAUCUCUACUUAUAUAUGUCGCAAGGCACUGUGAGGAUUCACUAAAACUUCUAAAGCUGCAUGUUAAAAAAGAAAGGCUCUUUCAUUGAAAGUUUAAGUUAAUUUCAUGUUAAUUUCGUUGCAAGCUAGUAUCUCAAAAUAUGAAACGUGACUGUCAUUUAAAGACAAAGUUAAAUUAUUCCUAUUAUACAUAAUGCUUCAUAUUUAGCUUCUAUCUAUCCUUACACGAGACAGCCAUUGGUUAAAACUGAAUAUGACAAUAGUCCCAUGCAUUAUAAAUAGCAUCCACUACAGUACCACUGCCUCAGCACUCAGUAAGCUGAUGAGGGACUGACAGAGCCUGCCAUUUAUCUGUAUAUUUUGUUCCUGUGCACAUGCUGAGCAGCAUUGGGAGCUUCCCCUGGCAGAAGCAGAUCUGUCUCAGACAUAAUUCAGUGUGCUGUGCUUGCCACCUGCUGGAUACAGCCACAAAUUUGCUUUUCAUCUCAAAAGUUGUUAUGGGAAGAAACAGCGAUAUUUCCCUGCCUCCUGAGGGAUCUGGAGAUCCUUACCUGUGGCAAAACUACCCUAGAAAUGAAAUACAGACUUUUCCAUCUGGGAGGCACUUGAUUUCUUACCAGAGGCUAAGCAAGCAUUUUCUCAUCACCUGCUGAUCCCCUUGGUCACUAAAAUCCAAUGUCCGCAAUGGCCACAAUAGGUAGCUCAUUUGCAAAAUAUUGAUUGCAAUACUACAAGAGCCAUCCCAAAGAGAAGGAAAAAAAAAAUAAAAAAAUAUAUAUAUAUAUAUAAAAUCAAAGCAUAUUUGUGAAAAUGAUAACUAAGUAUUUAGCUGAAAGGACUCAUCACCAAGAAGAAAAAGGAGCAGAAUCAGUAGUGACUGUGAACUCUAAGAAUGCCUGCAUUACAGUGGAAAACAGAAGAGAAGCCAUUGGUUAGUGAUUUUGAUAAUUUCAUACCAGAUCCUGUGUUUCUAAGAGACCGUGUAUCCUAGGCUGCUGGUGCCACCUGUGCCUACCUGCGUCAUGGGAAAAAGCAGGAGCACACACAUCCAGCUGCUGCAGGAAAGGCAGGAAGGGAUUGCAGCUGGUGUGCUUUGAAGGCAAGUCUGACCUUGAAUUGAUAGGCAAAGAAAGUGGAGGGCAAAGCUGCUGUUAAAUUGUGCUGGGAAAUUUUUGUUCUCAUAAGGGGUAGGAAAAUGACCACCAGCUGCCAAAUUUAGUGAAGUUUAGUGUUUCCUUAAAAAAAAAAACAAACCACCACACCCAAAAAAACCAAACACGAAAAACCAACAACAAAAAAGAACAGGCAAAUCAAACAAUACUGAAAAGUAUUCAGAGACAAAUCUCUCCAGCAACUGGGCAGCAGCAGAAAGCAAACUCUUUCAGAGCACAGAGUUACUGUGCACAGCCACAUCCUGCAGUUUCAGGCAUCCCCACAAACUGACGGGUAACUGAAGCGUCCCUGUUCCCCUCAGCACAACAAGCCACUUCCAUCACAUCUAGCAGCAAUGAAUGCAGGUGCUGAGAAACGCGUUGGUGCUGAGCCUUAUGCUCCCCUGCCCACCUGCUUGUGUGUGCAGAGCAGCAGCGUGACAGAGUCUGGCCACUCUUGUGGACCUUUGGCUGCAUGGUCCCUGGUCCCUACUGAGGUGCAGGUAGGAGAUGGCCAGAGUAUCCUUUGGUGCAACAACUUACUCCUCGUCAACAGAAGAGGGACUAGGAUUUGGCUCUAUGUAACUUCACCAUCUUUGGGGAACUUUGCGUUAAACCACCUUAAUUUAAUAGCAAAAUGAGAACUAGCUAUGUAUGUUUAAGAACAAACUCCCACUAUCUGUUAUUUUUAAAAGAAGUAUCCAAGCUUUUCAUUCUCAGGAUGACCAAAGUAAAAUACUUGACAAACUCUUAGUCUGUCCCUGUACUCUUCUGGUGUGAAGAACUCAAGCCAGUAUUAAUGGGGACAGCAUAUAAACAGCCCUAAAUACAGGGAUCACUACUCUUAAUCUAUCACAUUUAUAUUCUGUUGACUUGUUUGAGUGAAUACUUUCCUUCUGCUGGCAGAAUAAUUACUAAAUCACAUUAUGUUUGACAUAUACAUGCAUAAUAUUUAUGUCUAUUUAUUGUGCAAUAGUACUUCAUACGACUCCUGUUUCAUGCUUUGCUCUCUACUUGCUUGCCCAUUAUAUGCCUAUCCUAAUUCACACUAUGUAAUCUGCACUGGUUAGCCUAAAUUCCAACAAAAUAAUUACAGAUACAGUAGGGAUUAAUUUGGUUUCCAGCUUAACAAUUUCCUCAUGUUUAUAUUGUUAAUCAAGAUGUUGCAGAGUAAGUACAAGGCCAAAAGUUCUUUACCAGAACUAUUAUUUAGGUGAUGUUUUCAUCAUCUACUUGAAACUCUGACAGCAGCAGAGAAUACAGUAGGAUUCCCAAGAUUCGUUUAGUUUUGCUUGCUCAGCUUCAGCAAUGAUUUAUCUCACUGACCUCCUUUUUAAGUAUACUGAAGUGUAAGUAUUCCCAGGGACAACUCUGCAAUGGAAAGGAGAAAUACUUGGGAGGAGGCGGAAGAAGGCAUAAAGUAGGGAAUAGGGAAUUGCUGAUUUUGGAAAUAUUUAAAGUGUUGAAUGUAAAUACUUAAUUUUAUUUUUGCAACAGAUAAAAAAGAAAAAAAAUAGAACCUAAGAAUAAGUCUUUCAGCUAAGUAGUAAAAACUUCCAGAAAGUGUUUCAGAGGCUCUUUUAAGUUUCUUAAUAACGUCCUGCUGAGUUUGGAAUAUACCAAACUAUUCUUACCCCACUCAAAAGGUCAGGGUCUCCAGCUCUGCUCUUCUACAUCACAUUACAAGCUUGGCCAGACCAGCAUCCCACCAGCUUGUGCAAAGUGAUGAGGUUGCCCUAUCAGUCAUCGAGUUCAUUUCAACAGCGACCUCACUACCAAGGCUGAACUAACAAAUCCUCAAUGUUAAUGGCAGAGCUGUCAAACUCAUUGUCACUGUUGAGCUCUGCAGAUGUGGCUAGAACUCAAGAAAUAGGUACAGAUCACAUUUGAGAACAGCAUUCUGCGAUCUUUUCAGUGGACUAGUGCCAUGGCCUGCAGCUUUAAAAGUACUUGGUAAAUUAAGUAACUAGAACUAGAUACUAUUUUCUUUUCAAUAUUUUUGUGCAGUCAUAUGUUGUGAAGUGGUGAAUGUUAAUGUUUUCUGUUUCAGAAAUAAUUUUAUAUUGUAGAAGAUUACUAUUAUAUAAAAAACUUUUAUUGUCUGAGUUAUUACUAAAAAUAUACACAUAAUCAGUAGAUGUCUUUGUGAAAGCCAUCUCCACUGCUGUAUUAAUCCACUCAAAGCAAAGAGAUCUGCUUCUAUAUUAUUGUAAGUAAUACACUAUUACCAGUAUAUUAUAGCUAUAUACCUUAGACAAUAUCAUCCAUACCAAAGUAAUUCUAUUUAAUGCUGUAAUAUUUUAUACCACCAUUCCUCAUUCCUUUUAAUACGAAGUCUAACCCAGCUCCCCCUAUACUCUUGAGAUGAACAGGCUGGGUCUGCAAAUCAUAGUAGAAAGGCUCCCAGGCUAGCUCCAAAAAUCACAUAUUUAACAGCAGUUCAGUAAGUCACGUAUGUUUCACAGAGUUAAGCUAGGCUAAUAAAGUUUCCUUGGAGUGGAUACUUAACAAAUCACUAGUUUUCCUCUAUACAGGUUAGAGUUUAAAGCAGAAUUUAGGCUUAACUUUUUAGAAGCAAAAUUAUUGGAGCAGAUUUACCCAGAAUAUUGUGAGAAAUACAGGAUCACAUUACAUUAUGAAAAAUGGCUCUGAAAAGCCAGGCUCAGGCUGCCUGUAUUCAAUGUAAUAAUUCAAUGUAAGCUGAGUAUUCAAUGUAAAUAUAUCCACUUAUUUAGAAUAAGCUUUGGUGUUUCUAAGCAGUGCCACAUUGUAGAGAGGCUUCAGUGGAAAAAAGAAAACAAGAUCAGAUUCCAGCAUAAUAAAAGGGGAUUGGCAGGUUUGGGGUUUUGGGGGUUUUUUUGUUUGGUUGGUUGGUUUUGGGUUUUUUUGCCAAAAAAACGGUAGAAUGGAUCACACAUUUCCAUUUCAAAUUUGUAUGAAAAUAAAACUGAAUUUAAUCCUGCAUAUCCUUAGUAAACCCCACAUCAUACUCUCUUUUAUAGUGUCACACCCUGGAAAAAAGUGAAAAACAGUUAAAGGCUGGGCCUGUGAAAUUUUAUAGCUUAUCUAUGGAGUAACUUAUUUUCUAUGUAUUUUAUUAUUCUUCAGCUUUAUAUAUUGGCUACAAUCGAGCACAGACCCUGGUGCAGGAGUACACGGAGAGACAUAUGAUCCCUUGGAGCUUUACAGCCUAAUCAGAGGGUGAAAAAUUGUUAGAAUAGGCUGGAAAGAAAAGACUGUUGCUGAACAAAUACAAAACUGAGAAGAUACUUCACCCCGCCAUUAAAUAAGAAAAAAAAAAAUCUAAUUUUUUUUAAACCUAAGUGAGCCAAAAAGCUUAUCUCUUACUGAAAAUAAGAAAGCAAAAAGACUAGAAAAUACUGAAAGGUUUUAUGUUAUGAGUGAGGAACAACCCUGUACACACACAGACUUUUCAAGCAUCUACAACUAAUAUUCUCAAGCAAAUGUAAACCUGGCCAUUUUUAUGAAAUUGAAUGAAUAACCAGAAUGUUUUAGUCGAUAGAUAUGCACAAGAUAAUAGCAGCCGAUUUGCCACUAUUGACUUAUCUUUUAGAAAAAAAAAAAAGUUAAUUUAUGCAUCAGCUAAUUAUAUGCCCAGGAAGGGAAGACAAUGUACUGCAUAUAGACUUACAUGAGGUUUGCCUACCUAGCCAGAACUACUCCUCAUGUUCAGUUUAUCACACAGUAUACAAAUACACCAAAAAAAAAAACAAACCAGAAACCAAACAAAAAUAAUUUCACAAAAAUAUAGUAUAUAUCAUAGUAGUGCUAUGUAUUUAGUUUUGCUGCACAGCUAUGAAAUAUGAAAGGACCUAAAAUAAAUGAAUAAAAAUUUGUGAAAACAAACUUAAGUAGUUUUUUAAAUCUUUUAUAAGGAUUCAGUUUUGCACUGUAGAAAACCCUCCAACCAUGAUAAAAAUUUGCAGACCCAAAGCCCUCUUUCUGUAUAACAGCACCUAUAAAGUCAGGGAAUGUACACAAUUUGCAGGGUACCUUUUAAAGACGGGUUGCAAAUAUAUGUAUACAAGAUGUAACAUCACCUACUAGAGAAUUGUUAAUGUUGAACCUGGGUUUUGUGAUACACUUACUCUAGAUAGAAAUGUACAGAAACAUGCAGAAUGGCAUACUUUACAUUAUCUAUUAGAUUAUAGUAUACAGUGCAGUGUAUACGUGUUAAAUCCAGCAAAAUUAUAUUUCUGGUAUUCUUGAAUUCCUCUGUUCAUCUAUGAUAGCUUUCUAUACUUUCAUCUGUAAUUUUUACAUGAGAGUAGACAGGAGAUAUGCAAUGCUCUGUUUCAGAAAAGUUUAUCACAUUUUAGACAGGUUUCUGUCUAACAUAACUCUGAAAAAAAAAAAGUAAGCAUUUGUCACAGUAACAUCUACAUCAGACUGACUGUAUUUCAAAAUACUGAAAAUAUUAAACAAUCCAAAAUUA